GGAGAUAAUGUAUUUUGAAAGCAGAAGAAGAUAAUGAUAAUGUAGAUAAUUCUGUAGAGGGUUUUAGAGUAUAUUCUUCGUCUCUCUUUCUCUAUCUAGUAAAAUGGUAUCUUUCUCUCUUUCCUCCUCCUCCUCCUCUUCUUCUUGUCUGAAACUCUUCUCUCACUCCCAGUUCACCAUUACCACCCUCUCCAAUCUCUCUGGCCACAAAAGAAGGUCCGAUUCCAGCUGCCGCUUCGUGGUGCUCUCCACCCACUCCAACCCCAAAAUUCUAAAGUCCAACCGCCGCUCCCGCUAUGGCCAGCCUCUCUCCCCCUACGACCAAGACGACGACGACGAGGUCUCUCGUGUUACUGACGUGUCUGACGACGAUUGGUUGCUCAAUGAUGACUUUGCGGAAAUUUCAGACUUUGAUGUGAAUGGAAAGAGGCCCAAAUCCCACAAGGGAUUUUCCAACAGUCAUUUGGAUGGCAGAAACAGCAAGCGCACUCUAGAGAAGAGUGAUAAGGAAGACUACUAUCAUAGACCAAGCAAAACAAAGGAAGUCACUUCCGGGGAUGUACCUCGCAAGGGAAAGCUAGCAACAAGGAAAGCUAUGGAGGAUAGAUUCCCUCGGCUGUCAGAAGAUGUCGAAUUGGAUGAGAAGUGGUUACCCCUUAUUGAUUAUCUAUGCACAUUUGGGCUUAAGGAAUCACACUUUAUUCAAAUGUAUGAGAGGCAUAUGCCUUCUCUUCAAAUAAAUGUGUGCUCAGCGAAGGAAAGGUUGGAAUAUUUGUUGAGUGUUGGUGUCAAACAGAGAGAUGUAAGAAGAAUGAUUUUGAGGCAGCCACAGAUCCUUGAAUAUACAGUUGAGAACAAUUUGAAGUCCCAUGUUGCUUUCCUGAUGAAUCUGGGUAUUCCAAGUUCCAGGGUCGGGCAGAUUAUUGCUGCUACACCAUCCCUGUUCUCCUAUAGUGUUGAGAACUCGUUGAAACCAACUGUGAGAUACUUAGUUGAAGAGGUCGGGAUUAAGGAAAAAGAUUUAGGUAAAGUUGUGCAGUUAAGCCCUCAAAUUCUGGUUCAGAGGAUUGAUAUAUCAUGGAAUACGCGUUUGCUAUUUCUUUCUAAGGAGAUAGAAGCACCCAGAGAUAGUAUAGUGAAGAUGGUUAAAAAACAUCCGCAGUUCCUCCACUAUAGCAUUGAUGAUGGGCUACUGCCCAGGAUCAAUUUCCUUAGGAGUAUUGGGAUGUGUAAUUCUGACAUCUUGAAAGUUUUAACUAGUCUAACGCAGGUACUAUCCCUAUCACUGGAGGAUAAUUUAAAGCCGAAGUACAAGUACUUGAUAAAUGAACUUCAUAACGAAGUGCAUUCCUUGACCAAAUAUCCUAUGUACCUAAGCUUGUCAUUAGACCAGAGAAUUCGCCCUCGACAUAGAUUCUUGGUUUCUCUGAAGAAAGCUCCUAAGGGGCCAUUUCCUCUAAGUUCAUUGGUCCCAACUGAUGAAUGCUUCUGUCAACAAUGGGCUGGAACUAGCUUAGAUAAAUAUAUGGCUUUCCGCCAGAGCUUACUGCUCAAGGAGUUUGCAAAAAAAUAUGAAAGAAAGGGAUAACACCCUCCCUUAAAGUAUGUAUGAGUUAACUGACACACGUGUUUGAUGAUCUGAGAAUCCUCCCUUAGCAACUUCUGCCGGUAAAUUUCAAGGUAUGACAUUGUUAACAAAGUUGCCAUGAAGUUGAGAGUCCCCGCUUAUCACGAAUCUGGAAUAAGAAAAUUUCCAGGUUUUUCAGUUUUUUGUUUGGGUGGCUAGCUUGUUUCUCGUAUAGAGUAUAUAGGCUGUCGUUGCGGCACUCCCGUGCCAUUAUUUGUUUAUACAGGAGCUGCUCCAGUUUUGUGUACAAGGUUAUGCUCUGAGGUCGAAGCAUCUAGAUGAGUAUUAAUUUUUAGGCUCUAACUGCUUAUGACGGAAAAGACAAAAGACACUCAUCGUGGAGUUCAUACUUUUAAGGUAAUUUAUUUCUAAUUGAACAAGAACCAUUAGUUGUUUGAGGAAUAAUUGGUCUGCCAUAUGAAUGUUAACAUACUUAAUUAUCGUUGCUGUAUUCCUUCAUGUUGGUAAACAAUUACAACAUUCUGUUACAUUGUUCCAUUGACUGGCCUUUCUUUAGCCGACCCCACUUAGUGGGAAAAGGCUUUGUUGUUGUUGUUGUUGUUGUUGUUGUUUUAUAUGAUUUCAUAGUUUCUAAUGAUGAAUCCAUUCAUUGGAGGUUGUAGUGUAUUUGUAUCUUCUCGACACUCAAGUGGACAAACGAGAGGCGUUACUAACUGCAUUUGAUUUAAAACACAAGGGCCACUCUUGUUUUGUCAGUAGGAUGAUUCUUGUUGUUCAUCCUCAACGAUACGCCCAAGACCAGGACGUGUAGCUUAUAAAACCAUUUUUCUCUCUUUUCUGCUAAAAGUUUUGCAUUUAUUUAUCUGUAACAUGCACUUCCGAAGUUUCUGUUUAUAUUGUUAGUAACCUGACUGCUAUAUCAUUUGUUAAAUGUUGAUGUGUUUGGCAUAGAAUGUAGAGCUGUAUUUCCAGUCCAA